GGCUCUAAAAUGCCUAUCAUCGGUCCCUCUUCAUUUACGCCAUCUUUCAAAUGACAGACCGAAACUGAAAACCAAAAGCCGAAGGCAAUCUCCUUGACCCCUAAUUUCGAACCAAAACCAAAGUGUAAAUUCACUUGUUUUAUUUUUCUCAAAUUCUUAGUAAAUGAUCUUUUGUGAAGCCUCCUUGGUCCGUUCCAAAUUUUCCGAAGAUAUAAACUCGCUUUUCAGUUUUCUGCGGUGAAAGUGAAUCAUGGAUAUAGCUGAGGUUGAAGAAACUCAGUUUGCAGCUAGUGACGCCAAGUUACAUGGGGGCAUGUGCAAGAAAUUGUCCGCAAUUUACUACAAAAUCUUGUCAAUUUUUCCUUCUCUGGAAGCUUCACGGCCUAGGAGCACAUCUGGUAUUCAGGCCUUAUGUUCAUUGCACAUAGCACUUGAGAAGGCCAAGAAUAUUCUUCAGCACUGCUCAGAAUGUAGUAAACUUUACUUGGCUAUAACUGGGGAUUCUGUUCUUCUAAAAUUUGAAAGAGCACGUGCUGCUCUUGUUCAGAGUCUUAGGCGUGUUGAAGAUAUUGUUCCACAAUCUAUUCGGUGUCAGAUUUUGGAGGUUGUGAAUGAACUUGAGGGCAUUGUUUUUUCUCUAGAUGCUUCAGAAAAGCAAGUCGGGGAUGAUAUAAUUACAUUACUCCAGCAGGGUGGAAAAUUUAUCAACUCUAACGACAAAAAUGAACUGGAAUUGUUUCACCAAGCUGCUUCUAGACUUGGUAUUACAUCUUCCAGAGCAUCUCUUACAGAAAGAAGAGCUCUCAAGAAACUUAUUGAAAGAGCUCGUGUGGAGGAAGACAAGCGGAAAGAAUCAAUUGUGGCUUAUCUUUUGCAUCUUAUGAGGAAAUACUCCAAGUUAUUUAGAAGUGAGAUAAUGGAUGACAAUGAUUCGCAGGGUUCAACACCUUGUUCGCCAACUGUGCAGAGUUCUUCUGAGGAAGGUGGGCAUGCCUUUGACCGUCAACUGUCAAAACUGAGUGCUUUCAACUUAAAGUCAAACAAUAGAAAAUCGGGGCAGAUGCCUCAAGCACCUGAAGAAUUGAGGUGUCCAAUAUCUUUGCAGCUUAUGUAUGAUCCAGUAAUAAUUGCUUCUGGACAAACGUAUGAAAGGAUAUGCAUUGAAAUGUGGUUCAAUGAUGGGCACAGCACCUGUCCAAAGACUCAACAGAAGCUGCCUCAUCUUUGUUUGACCCCUAAUUACUGUGUUAAGGGUAUGAUUGCCAACUGGUGUGAACAGAAUGGAAUUUCUGUUCCUGACAGGCCCCCUGAAUCUCUUGAUCUGAAUUAUUGGAGACUGGCUCUGUCUGAGUCUGACUCCACUAAUUCGAGAUCAAUUGGCAGUGUCAGUUCUUGUAAGUUGAAGGAGGUGAAGGCUGUUCCUGUGGAGGACAGUGGAACUAUCGAGGAUUUGGAAUACUGUGAACUUGAAAAUGAAUAUGCGCGGGAGAAAGAGUCUGAACUUAAUAUACUUGAAAGAUAUCAGAAUUUCCUGAAUGUCUUAAAUGGAGAAGAAGACUUAAGAAAGAAAUGCAGUGUUGUAGAACAAAUACGGCUCUUCCUGAAGGAUGAUGAUGAGGCCAGAAAUUUCGUUGGCGCAAAUGGUUUUGUUGAAGCAUUGUUGAGGUUUCUAGAGUUUGCUGUGCAUCAGAGGGAUUCUUAUGCUCAAGAAAUUGGAGCAAUGGCUCUUUUUAACCUUGCUGUCAACAAUAACAGAAAUAAGGAAGUGUUGUUAGCAGCAGGAAUACUUCAAUUGCUGGAGAAAAUGAUCUCCAACCCCAACUCUCAUGGUUCCGCAACGGCUGUCUAUCUGAAUCUCUCCUGCUUUGAAGAUGCCAAGUCCCUUAUUGGCUCUAGUCAGGCUGUCCAAUUUUUAGUUCAUCUCUGUAAAGGUAAAACUGAAGUACAAUGCAAGCUUGAUGCCCUUCAUGCCCUAUUCAACCUUUCCACUGUCCCUUCCAACAUUCCGAACCUUCUUUCUGCUGGUAUUAUUAGUGGCCUCCAAUCUCUAGUAAUCGCUGGGGACCGCAUGUGGACAGAAAAAUCCUUAGCUGUUUUGCUAAAUUUGGCUUCAAGUCAAGCAGGGAAAAAUGAAAUGCUUUCAACCCCUGGCCUAAUUGCCGGGCUUGCAACAGUGUUAGACACUGGUGAACCCAUUGAACAGGAGCAAGCUGUUGCAUGCCUUUUAAUAUUGUGUAAAGGGAGUGAGAAAUGCAGUCAAAUGGUCUUACAAGAGGGCGUCAUACCUGCACUGGUUUCAAUAUCGGUGAAUGGGACGACAAGAGGGCAAGAUAAGGCACAGAAACUUUUGAUGCUGUUCCGUGAGCAACGGCAACGAGAUCAUCCUCUUGUUGAAAUCAGACAAGAGGGUGAUAAUAGUGGAAAAACCACACCAACACUUGCUACUGCUCCCGAUCCUUCUUCUGAAUCAAAACGACAAUGUAAUUCGGUCUCAAGAAGAAAGAUGGGGAGAGCUUUUAGCUUUUUCUGGAAGAGCAAGAGCUACUCGCUUUCUCAGUGUUAACAAGGUGAUCCUGUUGUAAAUUUUUCUUGUAUCUUCUUUUCUAGUUCUUUUUGUCCCCGUCUGGGGUUUUUGUAGAGAAGAGAAUGUACAGCCCUUGUAAUCAAUGGAUUUUGGUUUCUUUU